GUCGAGACUCAAGACCUCAGUUGGCGCUAAACUUUGCUUCGAGACGGUUGUUACCACGGAACUUAUAUUCGGAAGUUAACUUUUAGUUAGUGUGAUAGUGAAUAUAGUUUUGAAUUUAGUUCAAAAAUGUAUUAAUGAAAAUCAAUAUUUGUGUCUUUGUGGAGACAGCAGGAAUAAGCAAUAAGCUUAAAGCGAGAACUUUUGAAAUUUAAAGUUUAGAUAAAAGACAGAGGAUGGACAUCCCUCGGCCAUCAUGUGCCCUCCUUGUACUACUAUUGUCGUACUUCACACAACUUACAAUAUGCAUGAACUCAGGCAAGAUAAACUUCAGGGAGAAAGAGAAGCAGAUCCUGGACCAGAUCCUCGGGCCGGGUCGGUACGACGCGCGUAUCCGGCCCUCCGGGAUCAACGGAACUGGCGAUGCGCCAACGUUAGUACGUGUCAACAUGUAUCUCCGAUCCAUCAGCAAAAUAGAUGAUUACAAAAUGGAAUACUCUGUACAGUUGACCUUCAGGGAACAAUGGUUAGAUGAGAGACUCAAAUUCAAUAAUUUGGGAGGUCGUCUAAAAUACCUAACCUUGACGGAAGCGAACAGGGUAUGGAUGCCGGACCUGUUCUUCUCAAACGAGAAGGAGGGCCACUUCCACAAUAUCAUCAUGCCGAACGUGUACAUCAGGAUCUUCCCCAAUGGCACGGUGCUGUACAGCAUCCGCAUCUCUCUCACGCUCUCCUGCCCCAUGAACCUCAAGUUAUAUCCGCUGGAUAAGCAGACCUGCUCCUUGAGGAUGGCCAGUUAUGGCUGGACCACGGACGACUUGGUAUUCCUGUGGAAGGAGGGCGAUCCCGUACAGGUUGUGAAAAACCUUCAUCUGCCUCGAUUCACGUUAGAGAAAUUCCGUACUGAUUAUUGCAAUAGUAAAACUAAUACAGGUGAAUACAGUUGCCUGAAGGUCGACCUGCUGUUCAAACGCGAGUUCAGCUACUACCUGAUCCAGAUCUACAUUCCAUGCUGCAUGCUCGUCAUCGUGUCCUGGGUCUCCUUCUGGCUCGACCAGGGCGCGGUACCCGCCCGGGUUUCGCUUGGAGUGACCACGCUCCUCACCAUGGCUACUCAGUCAUCAGGCAUCAACGCUUCCCUCCCCCCGGUGUCUUAUACCAAAGCGAUCGACGUGUGGACCGGCGUUUGUCUCACGUUCGUGUUCGGGGCGUUGCUCGAGUUCGCGCUUGUGAACUAUGCCUCGCGUUCCGACAUGCACCGUGAGAACAUGAAGAAGACCAGGCGGGAGAUGGAAGCGGCCAGCAUGGAUGCCGCCUCUGAUCUUUUGGACACGGACAGCAACGCCACCUUCGCUAUGAAGCCGCUGGUGCGCGGGGGCAUCGACAACAAGAUGCGGCAAUGCGAGAUACACAUCAGCCAGCCCCGCAAGAACUGCUGCCGGCUCUGGAUGUCCAAGUUCCCCACCAGGUCCAAGAGGAUAGACGUCAUCUCCAGGAUCACCUUCCCGCUCGUCUUCGCCAUAUUCAACCUGGCUUACUGGUCGACAUACCUAUUCCGAGACGAGGAGGAGGAGAAGUGAUUCUCCGAGAGUCCGGAGUCGGGAGCGUGGCAGGUGGCGAAGCUGGCGGUGGCGGUGAUGGCGCCGUACGUGGUGUUCGGCGUCGCGUACUGGGUGUUCCUGCGCCGGUCGGAGCCCGCGCCCCCCGGCUACGCCACGCGAGUCCGCCCCUGACGUCCGCGAGACCCCCCGCCACCACCGCCGCACCCACCGGACACCCCUCCACCGAACACACAUUAGGCCUUGGACGAACCCGUUACCAGAAGCAUGCUCGGUUGUAGUUAGUGACGCGAACGGACCGAAGCAUUCUGUAGCGCCAUGUUCGGGCACCGUUCACUGUGAUUAGGACCUGUAGUGACGCGCUCGAUGCCCCGGUGUGAAUGUGAGUAUAUCUUUUACUAAGAUUUUCGAUAAUUUUUACCAAAACGAUAUCCUUGUAUGGUCGCUGUAAGUGUAGUCUGUAAGCCCACGUGACGUGUAAUAGUGGCUCAAGUGUCCUAGCCUAAUUCAAAUCGUUAGAUAUACAGUGUAAUGAACUAUCGAUUAGUGAAAUAGAGCUCAAUAUUCUAACUCGUUAGUGUUUAGAGUUAGACAGCUCACGUCAGGCCAGGCUCUUAGCCAGAAGGUUUGGGGGUCCCGUACUAGCGCGACCGGCGAGCCCCCGGCCGCCGUUCCUGACUCCGGGCCUGCACGAAAUGGCCUAGUUAUAUACCUAGUAGAUAUUUAUUGGAUUAAAUUGGUCUAUAAGACAGAAAGGAAUUUAUAAUACACAUAUACAUAAAUUUUAACAUUAAUUAUAGUGGACGUGGGGAUUCUCAUUGAAAACGCACACGCGAAGCCAGCGAAACGUUUUAUUGUAUUCAAAAUGUUUUAAACCUGUUAAAUAAAGGGAAAUAUUUUCGUAUUUUUACGGCAAUAUUAUUAUAUUAUUAUUUACUUAAUUAUUUAAGCCUAAAUUGUAUUUGUAACCGCGAUUACAAGGUCGACCUAUGCGACAUUGCCAAACCUUGCAAAAUGACUUUUAUGAUGAUUUUAAAAAGGAUAUCUUGAUAUGACACCAUCCAGACCAUAAUAAUUAACAAAUGAAUUAAACAUAACCUCAAAUAUUUUUUUACACAAGCCGAUCUUGUUCUCGCGGUCUUUUGUUCCUUCUGGCUUCUUUCUGCUCAAAGUCAGAACAAUUUCAAUGAGAAGUGUACAUAUUCGGGCCUACGUUUUACACCUGUGUCGCUCACUGUAUAGCAAUCGUAAAUUUAUAAUAGAAUUUUAAUAAUAAAUCGCGCAAUGUAACUUGGCCGCGUAAGUCACACACGGCAACGAUUUAUCGUACCGAUUUGUCGUACCGAUUUAUCGUACCGAUUUAACGUACCGAUUUAUCGGUACAGUCCGUUUGCGGAGUUUUAUCGAAUCUAUGACGUGUGACUGCCCUAUAUAUAGGGCAUAGUUGUGCAUGGCGAGCAUUAUACUAAUCGUCAAGCAUUGAUCUUCAAAGAAUAAAUAGAGAUAGAGGGUAAAGACCUUAGUGAAGUGACCACGAUUGUCAAAGAGUAUUUACUCUUAGAUAGAUACAGAGGGCAAAGAUCGAUAAAGUGACCAAUAAGCGGCCAAUUUAACUUGUGCGUAUUAUAAUCCAUUUCACUUGUAAAUAUAUUUUAACUGUCCGGUCUGUUCAUCACGACAAGCUUCUUUAGUGAGGCCGUAUGAAUCACAGUUUAGACAGUUGUGACAAGUCUAUAGUUAGUAAAGGCAUUUUACGUGUUCUAAAACAUUUUAAAACUCAAUUAGAUUAAUAUAGAUUAGUGUUUACAGUUGAACCAGUUAGUUAGUGUCAGUUUAUAAAUAUAUCGUGGCUGGGAUGCCAUUGAAUCUCCGUAAGGAGGAUAUAACUAAACCCGCAUUGGGCGCGUCAAAAUUUGCAUAAUCUGUGGAUCAAUCUGUCAAAAUGUGAUAAUUGUUUUGACAUAAUAAAUAAUACAUACAGCUACGAACCGAAAUGAGUAUUUCUCAAAAUAAAUGAACGCAACUAAAUAGUUCACGAAUUUUCCUAACUCUACUACCUUUUUAUUUAUUUGUUUUAAAACAUUCGUUUUAUUAAAUUAAAUAAAGAAUUAAUGCAUUAAGACAGGCAAAAAAAAUGAGAGAAAUAACUAAUAAUAUUUCAUCAAAAUAAUUUCGUUACUUUCAUUUAUUUAAUAACACCCAUUGAAAAGAUUAUUUACACGAUGCUAAACGGUUUUCUAAAGACGAGAAAUAUUUCAAAGAAAAUAAGUCGUUUCCAAAAUUAUAACCAGUCGUAUUACGGUCGGCAUGGAACGGUACUUUAUUACAUUAAGCUUUAGCCCAAUGUCGGUUAAAUAUAUUCACAAGUAUUAUAUUUCAACGUAAAAUAAGUUAAAUACAGGGCAUAGUGUAGACCUCGAUCCAAGAAGUAUGGUCCGAUGGACAGACUCUUUGGUGUUAAUUCGUAUAUCACUACCGCCGUGUUCGAUUACACUAGUUUUACUCCUGUCUUCGCACGUUGUCGAUAAUUCCUUUAUCUGUAAGGUAGGUUAUUUUUUUUCAGUAUAAAUUCAGCCUAAAAUAACCUGUCAGACUAUCAAGUUUAUACGAUUGGAUUUUCGAGCCAAUUCCAUCAAUACCUUUUAUAUUCUUGCAAACUUUGAAUAUCACUGGAAAUUUCAAAAGUAUUUCUUCUACCACGAAGGCCAUAUGGGUUGGUAACCUUUCUUUAAAGUGUGCAAAUAUUCUCAUAUAAUGUUCAAAAAUACAAUGUGUUAAUAUCAGACAUGCGCAAUUGGUUACCACUUUGAUAAUAUAUAAAGGGGACGCCUUGACUGAUCUUUCCUUUCUGCCAAAGUAUAAGAGCAUAUAUUCACACAUUUAUAAAACCGUUGUGCGUAACACAGGCAAGUGUUUAACAUUUAUUUAUGUUUGUGUCUCUAAUGACACAAAACAGUACCUAUAGUACUGAAACAGAUUUUUUUGCUCGCAGUAAUAAUUGGCUUGACAAAGAAGAGUAUACUCAACAGUGGAUUGAUACGGGCUGACGAGAUAGAUGUCUUUUCUAGAUGGUUUAAAGGAUAUCAGGUUCCCGUGCCAAUAUUCUCGCUUUCCCUAGACGAUCCUAUAUCUAAAUUGAUGAAGAUCCUCUAUUCUCUCCCAUAAGAUUUGCUCAUUUCUCUUCUCCGUCCUCUUAUUUGGUGACACUUUGUUACAAUAGAUUUUAAUAUAUAGUUUAAUUGGUAUGUUCGAAUUUAAUGUUAUGCGUAAAUGUAUGAUUUGAGAAGCAAUACUGCGAGUCGAUUUUCGGAACAUAGAAAGCAAGUCACAAAACACAUAAAUACAUUUAUAUCACAAAUUAAACUUGAGAAAUCAUUUUGCAUGUCAAUCUAUAUAGGUUCUGUAAGUUUCUGAAACCCAAACCUGGACAUGGGAUAACGUCUAAGAUUCUUGAUCGGUGAUUCCGGUGUAAAAAGGGUCUACAACGAGCGCUCUCGGAACAUAAAAUCAGCAGAAUUGCUUCUCAAAUAUAAGCUUUAUAUCCAUUUUAUUGUGUCCUUAUUUACCACGGGCUGUGACUGAAGGCGAACUUCAGAUAUGUUUAAACGGACAUGUAAUACGAAUAACCAAAUGUUGUCAAUGAUAGUGAGAUUUAUUUCGAUUAUAGCAGACUCCCGAUCAUCGUGUCCAGCGCAUUUUUGCGGGCAACUUUAAGAAGUCAAUUUGUAGUGCUACAUCAUAUACUUAACUGAAAGAGCCUGUGUUAAGGGAAUUAGUUAUGCUAGUUGCUUGAUAUUACGUAAUGAGCAUAACCAUCAAGUAAAUUAUUCAAUAGAAUUGCAAACAAAAUCUGUCCACGGAAAUAUUUUUACACAAUUACGCAAAAUUAAAUAUGCGUACAUAUUAAGUGGUUAGUAAUUUGUUUCAAUUAUUGAAAUUGAUUAAAAUUAUUAUUUUACGUGUAGUGCUAACACGCAUAUGAGACCCUAUUGUAAUGUCACUGAAAUCCGCAAUUGUCGCUUGACGCUAUGAUCGGAAGCCCACCUUAAAAAUUAGAUUAGGUUAUCCCACGCUUAUAAAACAAAAUGUCUACUUUGACUUAAAAAUAUUGUCCUUUGUAACUUAUUAAAUAUAGAUUAAUAUUAUGUAAUUCUGUAAACAAGCGAUGUUUUUCAACCAAAACUCAUCCUUCCGUAAUAUGUAUAGAUGCCAUUUGAAAACGAAGAUAGCAUUCGUUUGAAUAUUUCACAGGAACGGAUAAUAUCGAGAGGUAAAAAAUACAUUAUCUUCGUACUAUACAUAAUUCGGAAGUACAAUGAUGUCAAAAAUAUCUGUUAUAAUAUGUCAGAAUUAUAUUCUAUCUACGAGGAAAAUAAAUCGCAAAAUAAUGUAAGAAUCUCUUCAGCAAUCCCUAACUAAACUCGUACGGGCUUGCGGAAACACAGCUUCGUAGUCUCUUUCAUCAUGUUACCAACUAAAAAGUCGGCAAUUUAUUACCUUCGUCGUUAUUGAGCUAUGGAAAGGCUUGCUUCACACGUAUUCCUUCCUUAUUAUAAUACUAAGUCCUUUAAAAGAAGGACAAAGAAACAAUUAACGCCUGUGAGCUUAGAAUGUGGCAAAAAUACGACAUUUACUGUAAUUGGUCGAGAGACUAACACGUGACUGACGAAUUGGCCUCUCAACCAAUCACAAACAUGAAAAUGAAACGACACCGAUUUUCGUUUCUUAAAACAUUCUAAGGGGGCAGAUGCGCUUCAGGUAAAACUUUUUUCAUUCUUCAGUAAUAAACGCAAAUAUAAGUAAUUAAAAAUAAAAUAUAUAUCAUUCAAGAUAUUGACAUCUAUGAAUUAAAAUCAGCUCAAACUAUACAUUGAUUUAAAAGGCCUUAUAUCGUUUAACGUCAUCGCACAACCUGAGAAGCAUGGCAAUAAAAGGCCAGUGGCGAAGGGUGAAAUUUUUCAAAAGGUAACCCGAGGCAAAAAUAAUUGCCUUAGUUUACAUAUUGCGGACAGUUUAACAGCAAACAAAAAGUAAGACAAACGUAAAUGAACCAAAAAGGGAAGCCGGUAGGAAUCGGGUUGUAUGAACGCUUCGCCACUGUAAAAGGCUCAAUCGCACACUAUUCGAUAAGACGUGUUCCACCACUGCCACUGAUAGUGAAAUACAAGUGCUCUUCCAAAACACGAUAGCCCUUACAGGCACCAAACAUAGUGAGAAACCGCUGUGAUUACAUAAUUUACACUGUAGGUAUUUCGGUUUUACUCAAAUUGGAACUCGCGAAACACUAAAGAUUUUUUUAACUGACAGAUUGUCGGGCGAUUUGAAUAGUGAAUACCAACAAAAACAAAAUGGAUACCCAUUAUUCAAUCCACAAACAUUCAAAAGUGAUAGAAAUCGUUGAAAAAAUAUAUUUUAACUGCUAUAUAUAAAUCAAAAUAAAGAAGUAGCAUUUAAAAAUCGUAACGAAUUGCAAUAUCAAGUCUGCACGAGGGUCGUUUUUGCUCGCAGUUAAAAAUAUUUUACAACAUUAUAUAUUGAUUAUAUUAUUAAAUUUUCGUUUAUAUAUUUUGUGAUCCCGCUCCAAUUAAUUAACUCAACCGACCUUACAUAAAUCACUUCUCCACAUUGAAAGAUUAGUACUAUCGAUAAAGUGGAAUAAAUAUCGAUUACACACUAAUAUUCACUUUAAAGUCUUGUGCAAAGUACGAUCAUAUCCAACCCUACUAUAGAACUUAAACACAAAAAAUAAAACACAUUAAACACAAUACUUUAUUUAUAAAUCUUCAAUUUUUAAAUAUCCGCAAAAUAAAUUACUAUAAGUAUACAUUGUCCCUUCUAUAUUAGUUUUGUUACAGACGUCCGCAUCUCCGCAUUCGCAUCCGCGCGGAUGUUAUUGUGAUGAGUUCGUAUUGUCAAUUAGGUUGUAUAUAAUAGUUUUAUUGCGUUGUUUAUAUUUUUUUAUGCCCGCAUCCGCGUUGGCAUCCGCGGAUGUCAUGACAUCUGUAACGGACUACGUCAUUCAUUGUAAGUACUGGAUCGAUAUCAAUAUCAAUAUAUGCAAUGGGACUUAAUACACAUGUACCCAACUA